CGCGCUCCCGUAUUCGACGAGGAAGUCCCGUCGUUCGUUCACAAGUACAGCUACGCCGAAGGAGAUUGCAGAUGUGUCUUGUUUCUCGCUUCAAUAAGCGUAUCCCGCAACCCUGCCGUGCAUGGGACAGAGACGUUUGAGAAUGUUUUCAGCAACGGAGAAAAGCUUUCAGUGAUGGAUGUUCAACCCUAGAAAGACCUCAGAGCACUAUCUACACCCUCUCCUCCUCGUCCUCCUCUUCCUCCUCUUCCUGCUCAUCACCAUGGACUCCCCUUCUAAGAAGUCAGGUGUGUUGUCCCACCUGCGGCAGCGCGCCCGGCCCCUCCUCUCUAGCCUCCGGCGGGGCAGGAAGAGCGCCAGUAAGACUGAAGUGUGUCCAGAACAUGUCUUAAACCACAGGAUGAGUUCCUCUGUCCCAGACAUCACCCCCACCUCCUCCCUGGCUCAGCAGGACUACCAGACCUACAGCAGCCCCAACACACCCACCAGUAAGACUGUUGGAGACAGAAGGCAUGGAGGAGGUGCUAUCUCUCACACUGUUAACACGGCUGGGAGUGCUGUGAAUGACGCUGUUCUAAACAGACUGAGUGCUCCGGUCGACCAGGCUGACUGGACGUCCCAGGAGUCAGUGUGUAGUGGACCCAGUGCUAGUUGUUAUGAGGAGGAGAACCUACCAGAGGAGAGCCAGGCACAGAGAGCUGCUUCUGCUGUAGGGGGGUCAGGGACAGGGGACCUGGAGCUGCAGGACCAGCCGGGACACUCUAGUGAACACACUACCACUGGCCUGCACGGCAGAGAGAUCCCCUCAGUGGGACACUCUAGUGAACACACUACCACUGGCCUGCACGGCAGAGAGAUCCCCUCAGUGGAGAUAUCAGAGGACAUGACUCAGGAGAACGGUGACAGCCAUGACCUUGAGACCCAAACAUCACAAGACAUGGAGAACAACAGUCAGUUUGAGAUGGGGAGUCCUACUGAGAUGCUGAGUGUAUCAGAAAGCACCAGAGAGACCCAGAGGACCUUCCUCCUCUCUAUCAACCUGAAGGAGGGACGCAACCUGGUCAUCAGAGACCGCUGUGGUACAAGUGAUCCUUAUGUGAAGUUUAAACUGGAUGGGAAGACACUCUACAAGAGCAAAGUGGUUUAUAAGAACCUCAACCCAACAUGGAACGAGUCCUUCUCUUUCCCUGUCAGAGACCUGGACCAGAGACUGUAUAUUAAGGUGUAUGACCGGGAUCUGACCGUGGAUGACUUCAUGGGAUCCAGCUACGUUCUCCUCAGUGAUCUGGAGCUGGAAAAGGUGUGUGAGCUGUCUGUGCCUCUGGAUGACCCCAACAGUCUGGAGGACGACAUGGGAGUCAUCAUGCUGGACAUGUCUCUCUCUCUGAGGGAUGGAGACAACCAGAGGAACUCUAAGUGGCCUAAGAGGAAGAGGAGUAUCAGGUCUCCAGUGGCCCAGAGUGGUCGUCUCUCAGAGUCUCUGAGGAAGUCCCAGCUGUGGUCAGGUGUCGUGAGGGUGACCCUGGUGGAGGGGCAGGACCUGCCACAGGACGGACCUGGAGAGCUGUUUGUACGAUUCAGACUGGGGGAGCAGAGAUACAGGAGCAGGAACCAGCCCAAGAAGGCCAACCCCCAGUGGAGGGAGAGGUUUGACUUCAACCGGUUCCCGGAUGGUCCUGGGGUUCUGGAGAUAGAGGUCUGGAACAAAGAGGGACGCAAAUAUGAGGAGUGUUACGGCAUGUGUGAGGUGGACCUGUCCAGUGUUCUACCCAACCAGUCUCAGCUGUUCACGCGGGUUCUGGAAGAGGGAAAAGGUCGGGUGGUCUUCCUGAUCACACUGAGCACGUGUAGUGGUGUCUCCAUCUCCGACAUGUGUGCCCCGUCCCCCGAGGAGCAUCAGGAGAGAGAGAACACACUGGAGAAAUACAGUUUCAAAAGUUCCUUCAAGAACCUCCGGGAUGUUGGUUUCCUUCAAGUCAAGGUUAUCAAGGCUACUGAUCUGUUGGCAGCUGAUUUAAAUGGGAAGAGUGAUCCGUUCUGUGUGUUGGAGUUAGGGAAUGACAGACUGCAGACUCACACCAUCUAUAAAACCCUCUACCCCAACUGGAACAAAGUCUUUACCUUCCCAGUGAAAGACGUCCAUGAUGUUCUGGAGCUGACCAUCUUUGAUGAGGACGGAGACAAAGCACCUGACUUCCUGGGAAAAGUGGCCAUUCCUCUACUCUCUAUCCACAAUGGUCAACAGAUCUGCUGUCCCCUGAAGAAAGAGGAUCUGGGGGGUCUGUCUAAAGGAAGCAUCUCCCUAGAGUUGGAGCUCAUCUUCAACCCAGUCAGAGCAGCUAUCAGAACAUUCACACCAAAGGAGAAGAAAUUCAUGGAAGACAAUCCAAAGUUUUCUAAAAAGAUCUUGGCGCGUAACGUGUACCGCGUGCGUAACCUAUACAGAGCAGUGCAGUCCACAUUCCAGUACAUCAAGAGCUGUUUCCAGUGGGAGAGUUUCCAGAGGAGUCUCAUAGCCUUCCUGAUAUUCUUGCUGGCGGUGUGGCAUUGGGAGUUCUACAUGUUGCCUCUCUGUCUGGUUCUGCUCAUCACAUGGAACUAUCUUCAGAUGGCGUCUGGACGGGCAAACCAGGACCUGGAUAAUAUGGACUUGGGCGAUGAAGAUGAGGAAGAUGAAAAGGAAUCUGAGAAGAGAGGUUUGAUGGAAAAGAUUCACAUGGUUCAAGAGACUGUCAUCACUGUCCAAAACCUGUUGGAGGAAAUCGCAUGCUUCGGGGAGAGAAUUAAGAACACCUUUAACUGGUCAGUCCCGUUCCUCUCCAACCUGGCCUUCCUAAUCCUGGUUACAGUAACAGUUAUAACAUACUUCAUCCCUGUACGAUAUAUCCUUCUAAUAUGGGGAAUUAAUAAAUUCACCAAGAAAUUACGGGCCCCGUACGCCAUCGACAACAAUGAGGUGUUUGAUUUCCUGAGGAGAGUUCCUUCAGAUGUUCACAAGGUGCAGUACAGUGAGCUGAAGACGGUGAGCGCCCAGAGUCCUCUGAGGAGGAAGAGAACCAUUGAGAGGAGGUGAUGGAGGAGUGAUCUAUGGUCCCCGAUGGAAGACGUGGCCAUUGCACACUGUUGACGCCUCAGACUGUUAUGCCCUGUGUGCAACUGUGCAUAUAGUGGAGGAUAUGCUGGGGAUAUCUGGAUCAUAUUCCUCUAUGUCCGAAAUUGGUUAGAAAACUGCUCCUGAGUUAUUGGUCCUCUGUAGUCAGUUGGUAGAACAUGGCACUUGCAGUGCCAGGAUAGUGGGUUAAUUCCUGGGACCCUAACCCUAACCCAUAA